AUGUUCAAAAGAUCUUCAUCGCCGUUUCAGUCAACCACUUGGUCAUCUUCCUUUCGUUCCAUCAAUCGACUGUCACUUCCUUCGUAUCACAACUCUUUCCGAAUCUUUCUACUCGCCCUUCUCAUCAUCUUGCUUUUGUAUUUUUCCAUGAUUUAUUACAAAACUCGAAUAAGGAAAGGAAAUACAACGCAAAGCCUUCUCUAUGAUCCUCGUCAUCGUCGAUACAACAAUCAUCUUCGAAAAAUUCAUUUCGGAAAUUAUCAAUGCAAUCGAUACAGUUAUAUUGGACAAACAAAUUUAAUUCCCUUUGGUUACGAAUAUGAAUAUACACCCGAGGACACCAUGAUGGCUUCGUGUCACAUUGAAAAUUUAUGUUUAACAGAGAGUGGAGAAUUUGUACUCUUUCAAUCUCAGGAUCGAGUGUUACAUGGAAAUUUAACACAAUUAAAUGUAAAACCAUGGGUUUAUGUGCAAGGUUCGACCGUAGAAAGUGAUCGAGGAAAUUUCUAUAUUAAAAAUUUGAAUGGAGAUUUAGUUUUUGAACCCGAGUAUGGAAAAGAAUAUGGAAAAGCUUUUGUGAGAAUAACCAAGAAAAAACAAAAUCAAUUGUAUGCCUUACAAAGAUUUGCUGCUGGAAAUGUUGGACAUAUUUUCUCGGAAUCUUUGGCCAUGAUUGUUGGACUCAUGUUAAAUUUUCAAACACACUCUGAUGCUUUGCCCUUUGAAAAUCACAUCUUAUUUUUGGAUGACGUUUUCGAUUUGAGAGGAGAUAAUUGGAGAGGAGCCUACAAGUAUGAUCCAGCAAAGGCAGAAUAUUAUUCAUUGUCAACAGCAAAGUUGUUAACAAAUCAUUCAGUAUUACAACUUUGUAAAAGAGAGGGUGUUUGGGGAAUUGAGAAGGCUCCAUGUCGUUCAGAUUUAUCAUCCCCUGACGUUUCGAACUCAUUGACAAAUAGCUCGAUCAAUAGGACAAUACCAUUAUUGAUUCUUCAAUCGUGCUUUUCAAAUAUUUAUAUGGGUCACACUUUGAGCAAUUUGGUGCUGAACCCCUAUGGAAAGGAAGGCCUUUUUAUGAAAUUACGAGAGUUGGUAUAUAGAAAUUUGAAAAUAUUUCCUUUCGAUAGAGAAUAUACCAAACUUUUGAAAAAACAAAAAUUUGCUAACUAUUUACUCGAAAAAGAUAUUGUCAUUGCCAUCAAUAGGAAAGACACCAAGGGUCGUCACGGUCAGGCACUUUCAAACGCGGAUGAAUUGAAAGAUUAUUUUCAACAAGAAUUGCCGAAACAUCCUCUCGUUCAGAAAUUAAUCUCACAAUCAAAUUCGAAUCAUCGAAAACAACUCAGGAUUGAAGCUCUCGAUUUAGGGAGUUUUGCAAGCAUUUCUGAACAAAUCAAAUAUUUUGCAGAUGUGGAUGUAUAUAUUUCAGAUCCAGGAAGUGCAGCAUAUUAUGCUCUCUUCUUUCGAGAAGACACCACUGUCAUGAUAGCACCAACUUGUAAGAGAUUUAGAAGAGAUGUAUUAUGUCAACCUUCUCAUGGUAAAUUGGUAUUGUCAGCUCUUACACAUGUUCAAGUGUUGGAUAUUUUGGAUUUAAAUGGUGGAGAGGGACAAUGUAAAUUUCGUCCUGCUCUGCAAUCUCUCAGGAACUGUGACUUUAUCUUGCCGAAGGAAGUGCUGUUGACUGCUACUUUGAAGGCAUUACGAAAGAGGUAUCGACAACUCAUACGUGACGAGGAUAUGACAUGA